CCGAACCCCACCCAAACCCCACCAGCUAGGGCACCAUGGCGUCGCCGCCGCCGCCGCCGCCGCAGGUCAACCUCAUCGACGACGUCGUCGCAGAGAUCCUCCUCCGCCUCCCGCCGGACGAGCCCGAGCACCUCUUCCGCGCCUCCCUCGUCUGCAAGCCCUGGCUCCGCCUCAUCUGCGACCCCGCCUUCCGCCGCCGGUACCGCGCGUUCCACGGCGCCCCUCCGCUGCUUGGCCUCCUCCACCGGACCCAAGUCUGCGACGGAGACCCCGCCGCGCGCUUCGCCUCCACCACGUCGAUGCCCGACUUCCCCCACCCAGACUCCGACGACUGCUCCACGCGCCCCCUCGACUGCCGCCACGGCCGCGUCCUCGUCCGCAUGUUCCAUGGCCCGGCUGUGGAUCUCCUUGUCUGGGACCCCGUCAACGGCGACCGCCACGUGGUGCCCAAUCCGGACAUCAACGUAUUGAUCUACACCGCCGCCGUGUUCUGCGCCGCCGCCGGCUGCGACCAUCUCAACUGCCACGGCGGCCCCUUCCGCGUGGUCUUCCUGGCCACUGAUGACCACGAGGAAGUCGUCAAGGCGAGUGUGUACUCAUCUGUGACAGGUGCGUGGAGUGAGCCGGUAUCUCUCGACGAUAGCUGUGAAUGCUAUGCCCAGCACAAGCGAGAUACAAGUGCAAAAAGAGGGUACUACAUACCCUAUGUCCAGCCCAGGCGAGUAGCCGCUAUUGGAGAUGCAGUCUACUUCACAAUUUCGCGGUCUACUGCCAUUGCCAAGUAUGACUGCGGUAAGAAUCGAUUGUCUGUGAUUGACCCACCACCACCAGAUACAGAGGUGUACGGUGGUUUCAUUACCCUCAUGGUGAUGGAGGACAAUUCACUGGGGCUCGCUGGCGUUAAGGAUUUUAGUCUGCAUCUCUGGUCAAGGAAUGUGAAUGGAGCUGCAAAAUGGGUACAGUGCAUGGUCAUUGACCUGGAGAAAAUCAUGCCCAUGGCCAAACCCCUCAAAGGCAAUGGAGCCAAUGUGGUUGGUUUCGCAGAGGGUCUGGGUGUCAUCUUCGUUAGCACAACGGUUGGCUUAUUCACGAUCGAGCUCAAGUCGGGACUGGUGAAGAAGGUUGAUGCACCUGGGGUCUACUUUUCGGUUUUGCCCUACAUGAGCUUCUACACUCCUGACCGUGGUAGAUUGUUGUCGCUGGCUAGGCUCACUGAACACUGAUGUCUGACAUGCCACUCACCAGGCGAAAUGGAUGAAUCCAAUCACUAACCUUAGUUCUGCUGCUGGUGGCUUCUUCAAGUCUUGAAGAUUUACUACUGUCAAAUUCUGCUGCUGGUGGCUUCUUCAACUCUUGAAGAUUUACUACUGUCAAAUCCUUUAUUUUCUGUUGGAGUAGGUAGAGCACGACUGGUGGAGGUCAUUAUGAUGUACUAGGGACGCCGAGUUCUGCAUUUUCUGGUCGUAUGUGGCGUUCUGCAUUUUCUGGUCGUAUGUGGACCCGAAAUUCAUCCAAAUCAACUAGAGCUAGUCCUGAUUUUCAAAGUAAGAAAUGUAGAAGGAAAAUGAACCGAGAGGGAAGACCCAGAGCUACUUAAUGGGUGUCCCCUUUGCAAACUGAGGUCAACCGUGGAUGUUUUUGUUGAAUUCAUGCUGAUCCUGUAUGGGUCUAAAGGAUGUAGAAGCAUCAAAAUAUUUGAUGUUUCAGUAGCUGUUUGGUUAAUGCUUCACUGAGCUAGGCUACUACUCCCUCCGUUCCAAAUUACUUGUCGUUGUUUUAGUUCAA